AAGGGUGUAUUUUUCCAAUCGAACCGUCAGAAUUUUAAAAUAAAGUGUAUAUUGUACAUCUCUUUCGCAUAUAAUUUACAUAUCAAAAAGAUUAAUUCACAUUUCUAUACGUGAUAGAGCCACGCUGCAGCUAUAUUAUGGUUGUAACAUGAAUGGGUCGGCUCGAUUGAGGUAGGGCCGCGCUCUCACAUAAUACCAGCUUAAAAUAGCAGCAUAAUGCUGUUGUUUUUCGUAUGGUGAGUGUAGAGAACCGGAGACCCUGGAAACGAGCAGAGGCGGAUUGAAUGUUAACAGCGCGCUAGGCUGGCACCUAAUCGGCGCCCACAUAUGAAUAAUAAGUACUUAUUUUGCAUUAUAAUAUAGUUCAGUAGCAAAAUAAUUAGGACACGUAACAGGUGAGCACGAAUGACAGACGCGAUGCGAUAGUAAUCAAGCAAACGGGGCGCGCUUUUGAAGCCCAAAAUCUUUAGAGUGUAAUAUUUUAUUUUAUGUAAGUUAGUACCACCACUGUGUAUUGACUUAAUAAGGCUUAGAAGUUAUCCUUUUUAAUCUCCCCGUGGGUGUCGUAAGAAGCGGCAGUGGAAAACUGAGUCAGGAGAUAGGCAGCAACAUCUUUUUGAUAACAGCAAUAUUGCAAUAAAAACCUGCGGUAUACACUGCAUUUAAAAUUACACUUCGAUUUAUUUGUUAUGUGAACUAAGCGUUGAGUCAAAUUUUAAAGAUAUGACGGCAGAGUAGCGCAUUUGGCUGCGGGACAGCAGAGUCGCGGGUACAAAUCAAACAUGGUACAAGUGUUUAUUUGGCUUACGAAUAACUGUUUUGAGUCUGAAUCAUUGUCCACGUGUAAUUUAUAUAUGCACAACAGCUACGCGUCUACCUCCAGUCUAUUCUGGAGUUGCUAUAUUUUUUUUUAGAGAUUAGUAGGUAUUAGCUCUUAGGUAGGUACCCCAUACUCCGCUUGCCCAGCGUAGUGACGCUGUAUUAACUAACGCUGGGUUAAGCAGACCGAUUACUCUCACCGGUAAUGUUUCUUUACUGCUUUUAAUAAAUACAAAUAAAGCCGGGAGACUAAGGAGCUAGUCCACGAGAUGGUAAGUGGAUGCUGUGGCUCAUAUACCUACAUAUGUAUUUAUACUCGAUUAAUAAUCAAAAUGCAGAUGCGUUGUCACCUUGAGGACUAUAGUGAAAUGCCUCGCUACCAGCAUAGCGGUACUCCGGUUCUGAACGCUUACCAUACGAAAUACAGUAAUUAUGCACUACUGUUUUACGUAGGUAUUAUGUGAGAGUGUGGUAUUUCCCCGGUCGACAAACCGCUUUACCAUCAGUCUUAGCAAUAGGUUGCUACCACUCAGGGCCACUAAAGCCAAAGUGCUGCCCCCGUAGUCACACUCCCCUCAUUCUCGAAGUAAAACACUUAUAGUUUUUAUACAUUAAACAAUGUAAUGUAAGUAUAUCUUUCUAUUUAUCCCUCAUUAUUUUCUAUAAGUGGAGAUGUUUGAACAUUGGAUUUGUAUCAAACAUUUUUAUAGAAAUUUAAUUGGCACUAACGUUGAUAUUAAUGGAUACCACUGUCUGUCGAUAAAAGUGUAGGUUACACGUACAUCCAGUUGAGAUACACGGUAAUGUAGAAACGAUUGACACUUAAUAUUACUCCUUACCUCAAACCAAACAACGUCUAUGUCCCAUGUGACUCAAUACCUGGUUAAAGAAAACUACAACUUACAUAUGACGAGGUAACGACUUAUUGUAUAAGUGGCCCAACCAAAACAAUAUCUUGUUCAUCAAAACAUUUUCCAGUCAUAUAACUGAGUGUUGUGCAUCAUUUUUGUUUCGGAGAGACAGUUUUGAAAAUUCAUAUCUAUUUUAACUAAUGACCACAAAAUUUACAUAAUUAAGUAACAUUUGUAUGUAAGUAUCUUCUUUCAUCAAAUAAAAAUUAUGAGGUGUAAGGGAAAAAUAUACUUUUUAUCCAAAUGUCAAUCUCACAUGCAAGUAGUGCACCCGAAGCUCUGGUGACUGACUGAUGGAAGGAAACCCAUCUAUCUUAAAACCCCAUAAACUGGUGGUGAGGAACAACACCAUAUCAGUCAGAGGGCCUUGCCUUGCUGCGUAAUAUGAAUGGGUAUUUCAAUCAAUAAAUAUGUCUAAUGGCGCUUUCAUGGGUCGAAUGGUAGGUCGGAAGGUCUAUGUCCAGCAAUGGGCUUAAGAACGGCUGAAAUCGAAGAAAAUUAAAUGUGUGUACGUUUAAAUCAUUGUCAUUACAGUAGUCCAAAAGUACACUUUAUUGUUUUAUUGAUAAAAAUAAACUUACCAGAACAUCACAGAAAUAAUUCGUUCAAAUUUGUUGGGAACACUAAGCUCGAAGUUGUUGACGAGUAUGUUCACCUGGGACAAAUAGUCCGACUAGGUAAGUCCAACUUCGACCGAGAGGUCAAUCGACGGAUUCAACUCGGUUGGGCAGCGUUCGGGAAAUUACGGCACAUCUUCUCGUCAGGUAUACUUCAAAACUUGAAAACGAGACUGUACACCCAGUGCGUGUUGCCAGUGAUGACAUGGAACUGAGACGUGGUCCUUCACUGCUCAGCUCAGCGCUCAGCGAGCUAUGGAGAGGGCUAUGCUCGGAGUUUCUCUGCGUGAUAAACUCAGAAAUGAGGAUAUCCGCAGUAGAACCUGAGUGACCGACAUAGCCCAACGGAUUAGUAAGCUGAAGUGGCAAUGGGCCGGCCAUAUAGCUCGAAGAACCGACAACCGAUGGGGAAGAAAGGUUCUCGAGUGGCAGCCUCGUACCGGCAGGCGAAGUGUAGGGCGUCCCCCCACGAGACGGAGUGACGACCUGGUAAGAUAUGCAGGAAGUGGAUGGAUGCAGGUGGCUCAGGACCGUGCUUUGUGGUAUUCUUUGGGGGAGGCCUAUGUUCAGCAGUGGACUUGUGAAGGGCUGUAAUGAUGACUACGGUGCGAUCAAAGAAUAAAACGAAAGGUGUUAUGAUAUUUAUCUUGUAACAUGGUUACCCCACACUUUGUUCCGUAUAUAAAUUUACCACUGUUUGCAAUCUUCCCUAUUGUUCCACCGCUGCUUUCACGAAUACCACAAAAGUAAAAUGACUACAAUUAUUCCUAUCAGUCAAAUUUUAAUAGCUUUACUUUUGUCAAUAAAUGUAGUUCUUGGUGAUGGCGCUACGAAAAGGUAAUCAUUUUUAAGUUUGUUACUAUUUAGGCUAAGUUGGUGACCUAUGGACCUUUUCCGUUGAAAGAGUAUUUGCCUUAAUCUUGACGCCUGGUAGGCGGACUAACUAUCUAAUUUUUAUAUUUUUUGAACCCAAUGUUUGGAAACGUUCGAUAAUACGAUUAGUUUGCUGUUACUUAGACAUUACCCACCCCUCGUGGAUUUCAGGCGUGAAGCUAUAUGUUUAUAUACUACAUUACAUAUGCAGAGUAGUUCGGGUAUUAUUACAUUUUUAAAACGUAGCGAUGCCUCACACUGUUAACGCUGCUGCCAGUCGCCGGUAAGAUUAUUUCACGUCUGGUUUCAGGUCUUUCCUACAUAUGCCAUAGUUGCCUUUUACGACACCCAAGAGACAAAAUGGGAUGGUGGUUUGUCUUACGCCGCCUCUGUAGAAUAAAUGUCGACAAUACUUUUUAUACAUACUGGUAACUUUUAUUUAAUAUAAAUUAUAGCUUGUGUAUGGCAACUAUCACGUUCGAGUCACGGUAAAGUAAGCUAGUGCUCGUAAAUAAAAUAACUUCACGAAUUCAAAUACCCUUCCAUCAGCCACUACACGGAAAGGUAAUAUUUAUGUAUAGACUUAAGGUGAAAGCUCCAGAGUGGCCCGCGAAAUUCAAAUUUUCUUGCGUUUUUUGGAAUUUGCAGGUCAGGGUCAGGUUGAAUGUUUAAUAAAAUAUGAUUCGCAACCGCAACGAGUAUGUGUCACCAAUACAACCCUUUUAAGUUCAUAUAAUCCCUUUGAAUGAGUUUUUCUGGAAAUAGCCAUACAUUGGAAUUAGACGGUUGUAUUGAUGAUUAUAAUUCUGUAAAUACAUACUCGUUACGGUCGCGAAUCAUAUUUGGCUACUCCAGCCCAUGGACAACUGCAAAAAUUUCAACCAAAGAAAACUAAAGAUGUGUUGUCUCAUCUGUGGACCAAGAUUAGUCAUUCUACACUAUGACCAACAUGGAACGCCUGUAUUUAUCCUGGUUCUUUCUCUAUACUCUUUCAACCGGAACACAGCAGCUUUCGUCAUCUACUACUGAAAAAUGAUCGUUUAUUUAUAGAAGAGGAGGCAAACGAGCAUGCGGCUCAUCUGAUGGUGACUACCGCCGCCCAUGAACAACCGCAACACCAGGGGAAUUGCAGAUGCGUUGCCGGCCUUUUAGAAAGGUGUAAGCUCUUUUCUUGAAGGUCUAUCUUCUUCAUCUUCUUUCAUUCUAUGAGAUACUCACCGUAUACACCACGUUGUGCAGUAAGGUUGUCGGUAACAGUAUGACACGUGUUGUACGUAAGACACUGCUCCCCGUCGCGGGCUCGUUGGUAUUUAUCUACGAGACGAUUAUGCUGCCAUCUAUACGCGGCCAUUAUAUCUUAUUGUUAAUUCUCAAACUCGUCACUUACAAUAUUCUUUUUAAGAAAGAGAAACACAUUUAAUUGUUGUUAUUAUCAUUUUUGAUGCAUAUUAUUUUCAUCUACAUUUUAAUCUUUACUUGAAUUGAUUUAGCGUAACAAACCUCGAUGAAAAAGGGAACUGCACUUGCGGCGGUUUCUCUACGGAUAAGAUAACGUCGGGUAACGAGCCACUGUUGUCCCAAGCACCCGGAUUAAUAGUAAAGUGUAAUCAGGAGGGAGAAGCGGCUUGCAAGAGCUUAUGCAUCGCACUUGCCAACGUCACGAAGGCCAAAGGGCCGGAGAUACUCUGUAAUAGACUCAAAGACGCUAAUGAACUGAAGUUAUCAGCAUUUUUCAAAGUGUGCGACAAUCCGUGGAUAUACGCAAACAUGACAGCGGAUGAACCACUUUGCUGUGACAACACCAAAGUCAAGCCUUGCGCUUCUACGCAGAAAGAAACCUCCACUGUUGUCGUGGAUGCUAAGACUGUUAUGUGAGAAAUGAAAAGUCGCACUCUGUUACGACGGAAAUCACGGAAUACUUAUUUACUUAUAACUAUAGCAUUAGAAUGGAUUUUGAAAUAAUAUAUUUUUGUGUAUGAAUAAAAAGAUAAAGAAUUUAC